ACAGAGACGAGGCGAGAGAACGUUAGGAAUCGCGCGGGGGGACGAGGAAGUGGUUAUGGACAGCGAGCGGUGCGACGGCAGUAGUAACGGGUAGUAGUCCAGAUCGCAGUAGUAACGGUUCGCUACUCGCGCGGCGCCUUUCAGCUCUGCUCCGCUUGGCUCCGCUGCGGCCGCGACGACGAUCAAUCGAGCCGGCGGGAGGGUGCGACGCGCUCGUAUACUCCGGGUUUCCUCCUCUAAGGAAAAAAAAAACCCUCGUCUCUCGAAGUCCGGAGGUGCCUCGAUCGGUUGUGAAUACUCGAGGAGCGAAGCCGAAUCGUGAAUACUUCGGUCUCCAACAGAUCGGCCCCGCAAAGUCUUGGACUCCACGUAAAUCGCGCGCGAGAGAGAGAGAGAGAGAGAGAGAGAGACUUGGGACGACGAGGGUCGGGGACACCCCGUUACUGGAUUCGCGGGGUUGAUCCUGGCCGCAGCCGGCGGGGUAGCGAAACGCGAGAGUGCCGUCGUGUGUCACUCUCUCCCGCUCGACUAUGUGCCGGCGUUUCGCGAUUAAGACGCCGGGAUCAUCGCCGUCGGUGAUCAACGCCGUCGCGACGUCGACGGAGCGCAAGACGUGAGACCCGUCGUUUAUACGCGUCAGCUGAUCCGACGUAAGCCGCGAGGGACAAAGGAGAUCCACAAUGGCUCUAGUAAUGUUACCGUGUGACCUGCCUUGGUGGCCAGCUGUUGUAAAGCAAUUGGACAAGGCCGCCUCGGCUAAAAACUCAGAGGACCUAGUAGACGCGAUGCAACGAUUGCAUGACAUGUGCAACAUAAGCCUCGAUCCCGAGGAAGACGUGCAAGACCCCGACCUAUUCUCCAUGUUGGGAACCUUCCUAGACAAUGAUCUCGAUCUCGCGGAACGAGAGCAAGUGUUCACGAAGACAAUACCGCGAAUAGUGGAACAGGCGAAGGCCUUAAAAUCUACAAAACCCCCUCAAGGCUUACACUUUAGUCUCCAGCAGCAAGGCGACAGCGUCGAAUACAGUUACGCUUUCGUCUCCUCUUUGAUCGCGAACGCAUUCUUCUCAACGUAUCCGAAGAGAACAGCAAAGACUCACCCUACAUUACGCGAUUUCAAUUUCACAAAUUUCUUCAGAUACCUCCACAAAAAUGCACAGAAAGCCAAACUCAAAAGUAUUUUUCAUUAUUAUAAUUAUCUCGAGACGGAGCAUGCACUCGAUGGCUGUCUAAUAAUUUCUAGGCAGGUGAUGACGUCUAAGCAAUGGCUGACAAUCGAAGAUUGGUUGGAAAGUAACAUACCUUUGUGUCCGUUGACGAUACGUCACGAGGGACGGUUGGAACGAGUUGAGGCGGAAUCAAAAGUAUUACAAGUUUGUUUCGCGAAUGCUAAAAUUGGUGGCGGUGUGCUGGAUGGCGAUGUCACGCAGGAGACUGUACAUGUAGCGACACAUCCGGAAAUACUCGCUGCGAUAAUAUCCGUCGAGGCCUUAGAAGACAACGAAGUACUAAUAAUCGAGGGUGUCAGGCACAUGUCGAGGAUAAACGAUCCGCGGCAUAAGGCGAUAUUCGAGGGUAUCUCGAAGCCGAACGUGGUAACGGUCUGCUGCAUAGAUCCCGAGGACUACUCGCGAUUGCCGUUGACGCAGUACGAGGAGGACAACAUCUUGAGGGAGAUGAACAAGUCGCUGCUGGGAUUUCGUCAGAGGCACGUGCCCAGCAGCCCCACGGAUCCGAUCAAGAGUGAACUGGAAGCGGAAAUCGGCCUGGGCUCCCGCAGAUUAUCGCCGAUCGGCGAGAGCUUCAGCAGCACGCCGCCGGAAAUGGAAGGCGAGGACAAAGUUUUCGCAACGAGCAAUAAUUCCAAGACAGAUAAGCAGGUUCUCUGCGACGAGCGACACAGAUUGGAGAACACGACGGAAGUGCGUAGCAGGCCUAACGGUAAAUCAAUGAGACCGCCUAGUCCUCACAAGGUGUGCAAGGACGCAAGUUACACGAACCGAAAGAACAGAUUCAUCGUGCUUGGAUCUAGCGGCGAGGUACUGCCGGUGACGCGACAACUCGGCCAGAUGUCGGUUUAUAGCAGUUGCAACAGUCAGAGCACGGAUAGUUUCCACAGCGCUAAGGAGACCAUCGACGAGGAACCUGAGGAAGAAGAGCAAAAGGUGACCAAACGCUACAGCGCGCAAUUAGAUACCCCCGAGAGAAGAGGAACCUUCGCACAGCGACUAAAAGACGCUCUCAAGCGAGAAAGUACGGCGACGGGAGUGACUUCCUCGAAUACUUCUUCCAGCGAGAGCAGUUAUGCCGUUGGUAUAAGCGUCAGCGGUAGCCAUGUCGGCGAUCAAGACAUCAAAUUGAGAAGAGGAGGUUCGAGGGGUUUCGUUUUGCGGGACGAGACAGUGGACGAAGAGUUCCUGAAGGAGUCUUUGGAAGCAGAGCAAAAGUGGCUUGGCCGAUUCCGGCAGAGUCAGGGGCCUAUGUUUCAGAGGAAAGACACGAGUGCGAGCAGCAAGUAUAGUUUCAGCACCGAAUACAAUUCUGAUUUCUGUUCAGAGCUGGAGGAGGUUUACGAGCAAUUGUCAAAGUGGCUGGAGGAUCCGAUAGUGGCGGACGAGAACCGGGAAUUAGAUGCGAGAGAUCGGGCGGUUGUACGAUUCGCCGGUUCACUUCUGAAACGCGCUCUGAGCGAAUCGUUCGCCGGCGUGCCGGUCCAGGAGGGCGAGCCGCAGCCGUUCAUCGACGCUGACGUAAAUCAGCAGCACAAACUGGCCUUGGCUGUGAGGAGCCUCAGCUUGGAGCUCGCUCGACAGAAAAAUCGGAGACAGCAAUCAGUGUCUGAGUCCGAAGACGUAGAUUGCUACGAGGACGCCUCGUGCGAGAUGGUAAGAGAGGCGAAGGACGCUCAACGUAGGAAACUUUGGGCUGUCACGGUCACGUCGGAAGUGUUCCAAACGUUGGUCGAUGAUCAUACGACCGUACGCCUGUCUACACCGCCCAUGUCCGAGUCGGGACAGACGGCGAACGAGCGUGAAAUCCGCGAAGCGAGCACGCUCAGUGUCUCGCAGUUGCCGCACGAAAGUAGUCCCCAAGGAGGAGGUUUACUGCCCGUGGCUACCGGCAACUGGGGAUGCGGAACUAGAUUAAAAGGCGAUCCGCAACUGAAACUCGUUAUUCAAUGGCUUGCUUCCUCUCUGGCAGGAACACCAAGAUUAAUCUAUUACACCUCUGGCAAUCCCAGUCUAUCCAAGUUAGACACUGUGAGCAGAGUUCUGAUAGACAGACGUUGGUCGGUGGGUGAUCUUGCUGCCGCGACGCUGAGGUAUGCCAUGCACACGAUCGAGGAACGGAUGGAAGGAAAGAAUAGUCUUUUCGAGGAGAUCAUCGGGAUGGAUAAAUCGAGUCCUUAGCCCGAUUCGAUGCUGUCCGUUCUGGUGGACGUGUUAGCUACCAUGAUCGAAGACAGCCUACUGAAAAACUAAUAAUAUAUUACAUAUAUAUCUCUUCCGAAAAAGGAACAUACAAAAGGAAAAGAAACGAACGGGUACUUGACUAUAGUUAGAUAAGAUCGAUAAUUAACUCUAAUUCGUAGUCUUAGAUGAAACAUGUUAUACGAGUUUUAUUUUGGCGAAAGAGAGAUUGAUUCAGUUUUAUUUUUUUUCUUUUUUGUUCAAAUUACUACUCUCGUCUAGCAUAUCAAAAUGAUAUCAGGCAAAUUCGCACAAUUCAUUGUACAAGGCAAUAUAUCAAAUAGGAAAAAAAUAGUCGCUGCGAUAUUUUCUAUAGUCUAUGUAUGUAGCGUAUCGUGCUGUCGAAUCAAGUUAUAUUAUA